GCCAGACUAAGAACCAACUUUGCAGCAUCUGACCAGUUUUAGAGAAUUCGCGUUGUAUUCCAAAUCGCAAGAUAUCGACCGCUUACUUGAAACACUUUUGUUAGCAGAAAAUUAAAUCGAAAAGUGGGUACAGAAAACAACAAUGGCAUCACAAGUUGGUCGUGUGAUUCACGAUCAGAAUCUUAAUGCCCAAUCUAAUGGUGCUUCUGUUGUGGGAAAGGCUGAUACAGUUAAAACACAAAGGAAAGGAGGCCUUGGUGGAAAGAAAUCGCUCGGUGAUUUAUCCAAUUCCAGGAAGCCUGCAUUCAAUCAGGUAUCGAAAAAGCAGCAUUCCAAGAAUUUUGCAACAGGAGCUUCAAUUGUGGGAAAGGGUGAUGUUUUAAAAACACAAAUGAGAGGGCUUGGUGGAAGGAAACCGCUUGGUGACAUAUCGAAUUCGGGGAAGCCUGUUCUCUCCCAGGCAUCAAAAAAGCAGCCAUCCAAGAAUUUUCCUGUCGUUGAGGAAGUGACCAGCCUUCCUAAAAUCGUUCAUGAUGCGAGCACUAGGAAAGGUGUUUUUAAAGCCUCAGAGAAAGUGCAGACCCAUAGUAGGAAUACGCUAUCUCACAUUUCAAACUCAGUGAAACCAAAUCUGCAGAAGAACCAAAGCAUGAAGCUAAAGGUUAUGGCAGAAGAACCUCUUUGUCCUAGUGCUAUUGCAGAGGAGGGGUUCUUACACAAUCAUCAAGAAUGCAUCAAAGCACAGAACAAGGCCAUGGACUUGGAUCAACUUCUGAUGAAUUUCAGUGAACUUAAGCCGGAGAGUCCCUUAAGGUGCAAAAAGUCGGAAGAGAUGUCUGAAAAUCUUGACCCUCCACCUCCUGCAUUUGAAUCACCAAAAUACUACACUGCAUAUGAGGAUUUUGAUGAGCUCUCUGACAAGUUUGACUAUCCACCAAUUGACUAUACUGAUUUCCCUUGGAUUUCAGAGGACUGUGAUUUCAAGUUGAUGUCUCCAAAUCACUGAUUCCCCUGAAUUUCCAGACUGUGCUCUAUGAAAUGCUGCAUAUGCAGUUCAAGAGAAUCAAUGAAUGUUUUGUAAAUUUUGGUUGUUCCAUCCAUCAACUUAAAAUUGAUAUAGUCAGUCCUUUUAGGGGGUUUGGUUUAUUUUAAUUGUGUAGAACUCUGUUUGUAGUGUCGCUUGGUUUCUUUUGGCUUUUUUGUUAA